AGGGGGUGCACAGAGGGGCCUCUGUAGGGGGGCACCCACAAAUCUUGCACCCCAAGAGCCUCCCAGUUUGCUCUCCAUCUUCUUCCCAGCUACAGCAAUGAUGAUGGCCGGAGGAGGCCUGGCCCAGGUUCCGGUGGCCUUUGCGGACGUGGCGGUCUACUUCUCUCCCGCGGAGUGGGCGGAGCUCGCGGAGUGGCAGAAGGAGCUCUACCAGGACGUAAUGGCCGAGAACUUUGAGCUGGUCUGCUCUCUGGAGUGCCUGCUCUCCAUCCCGGAGCUUCUUUCCCGGCUGCUGCGAUGGGAGGCCCCGCCUGCCGCAGAGACCCCUCAACCACGAGGCAUAAGCAACUCCCCACAGAAGCAGGAGGAGCCCCCAGUCACUAUUGUCACGCUGAGUGAGCAGCCGGAUGAAAACGGGCAGCCCGACUCUCCAAAGGCAGCCGGACCCAAGGCUUUGAAAAGGGCCCGCCUUCGCCGCCCCAGAACAGCAGAGAAGGGCCCCGAGAAGGGCCCCCCUCUGAGGCUGCCACCCCAGAAGAGGGAGAAGCCCUACAAGUGCCCCAAGUGCCAGCGCAGCUUCCUGUACCGAGUGGCCCUGAUCGCUCACCGGCGCCUCCACGUGCGGAAGUGGCCCCGGAUCGGGCCCCCGAGUGCGGGGCGGUCCCCCUCCUCUCCCUCUUCCCCACGCUCACCGCCCGACCCGGUGGUGCCACAGGAGGGCCGCUCGGGGUCCGGCGCCACCAGCCCCUUCGCCUGCGCUCCGGGUGAGGGGGGGCCGCUGCCCUUCUGGCCCGAGAUGGCCUUGCACCAGCAGGGCCCAGCCGGCCACGGCUUCAACCCCUGGGCCCUGGGCUACGGGCCCCAGCCUUUGCCCGGCCACCAGGCCCCGGGGCUCCACAGCAAUGGGGAGUUCAUCUGCGACCAGUGCGGCUGGAGCUUCCACGGAUGGGAAGAGCUGGUCACGCACCAGAUGGCCCACAUGGCGGCUGAGGGCAUCGCGGGGUCUGUGCCCAAGGCGGGGGCGCUGGCCCAGCUGGCCGCCGACCGUCCUUAUUCCUGCAACCUGUGUGGCAAGAGCUUCCGGCACAAGCCCAACUUGCUGGCCCACCGGCAGGUGCACACGGGCGAGCGGCGGUACCAGUGCCAGGAGUGCGGGAAGUCCUUUGGGAGUAAGGCUUACCUGGCCUCCCACCAGCACAUCCACACCGGGGAGAAGCCCUACGUCUGCGCCCAGUGCGGCAAGAGCUUCCGCCACAAGCCCAACCUCAUCUCCCACCAGAAGAUCCACAGCCGCGAGCCCCUCUCGGCUCCCCAGCAACACCCGCCGGACGCCUUCAAUGGGGAGGCCGCCUUUCCCGGAGCCCGGGCUGUACCGGACCCCCUCGGGGUCGAGGCCUUCCAGGUCCAGCAACAGCGAAUCCUGGCUGCCCACCGGUCCUGCGCUCAGGGGGACUCCCCGCUGCUACCGGCGGCUCUCCCGCUGCCGCCGACCCUCCUGCCCCCACCACUGCUGCCCCCUCCGCCGGCCGUGGACCGCCCGUUCAUCUGCCCGGUCUGCGCCAAGCCGUUCCGCUGCAAGCCCUACCUGGUGGCCCACCUCCGCAUCCACACGGGGGAGAAGCCGUACGCCUGCAGCCGCUGCCCCAAGCGCUUCUCCCAGAAGUCCAACCUGGUCUCGCACGAGCGGCUCCACACCGGCGAGAAGCCCUACGCCUGCCCGCUCUGCCCCCGCGUCUUCAGCCAGGGCUCCAACAUGCGCGCCCACCAGCGCAGCCACCGCAACAUCGUGCCGGUCGAGGUGGCGGAGGGACCCCUGCGGCAGGGAUACGUGACGGCGGCAGCCGGGGCAAUAACAGUGCGGCAGGUCCAGGUCCCGGCCCAGCCCAAUUAGGGGCUCGGUUGGCUCCUCCGUCCGUCCGACCGUC